AAUUCGUCGGUAUUUUAGAUUAAACUAUCUUUAAAUUAUUAAAAAAAAUUCAAAGACAAAAACGAGCCGCCCCCUUCUCUCAUUUACUGACGUCAGAUUCAUUCCCACAAUGCCUGGUAACACGCAGGCGCACUGCGCGGGGAAAAAAUCUAAGACAGCUAUCUGUGAUCAGAGAUGGCGGGCGCCUCCGACCCCCUGGAAGAUAUGCUCUUUUCAGAGGUGGAUGAGAAAGCUGUGAGCGACCUGGUGGGCUCGUUGGAGUCGCAGCUUGCAGGGCAAAGCAACCCAGUCGCGAAAGCAGACGAAAACGGAGGCAACGGCUCCGUGGCUCCCGCUAACCAUCACUUAGGGAAGACGGUUACAGCUCCAGUGAACACCACAACACUAGAACAACAACAACAAGGACGGAGGAACAAACCUGAGAUGCGCCAGGAGAUCAACUCCAAAGAGGUUAGCCCGGAUAAAACUGUCACGUCCCCUUCUUUCGGGGAGCCCUCCACUACUUCGGCUGCCCGUGUGAGCGACACUACAAGCAGCGGCUCGCAAACACAUGGAGCAUCCGUCACAACACUGACUGCAUCUGGCGUGUCAACUUUGGCAGCUCCAGCGGUUCCAGCGGUUCCGGAGACUCCAGCCGCUCCAGCUGCCCCGGCGGCCAGCAUCAGCACCGCCGCCGCUGCAUCCAGCCGGGGACCCAAAGGCAGCCCCGGCAGCGCCGAGGCGUCAGCGGAGGCGAACCCCCCGAGGAAACGCGGAGCGACGCCGCGGAGGAACGCUUCUGCGCGGAUCAAGAGUUUGAACGGCGCGGCGGUGACGACCCGGAGGACCAGCAGCACGGCGGACAGCCUCAGCCCCACGGACUCCGCAGCGAGCCCCCCAAACUCCACCACUCCGGCCACUUCCGCCAUCAACACCUCGACGUUCACCCUGAGCAACGCCAGCCUGCCGGUGGCUCUGGACCGGGGGACCCCCACCAUCGCCCUGCACAGACUCCCCAGCCACAUCGUGGCCAGCAUAGCCCAGAACGGGAACGGGACCAGCGUGUCGGCCUUGGUCCAGCAGGGAGCCCGCAUCGGACCCGUCCCCUCCGCAGCCUCCCCGGGCAGCCAGGUCAAAACCGACUCCGAGGCUUCCAAAACAGACGACUGUCAGUCCAAAACUGUAAUGUCAAGUCCGUCUAGUGGCGUGAACUCUGUGAUAAACACUGUUUCCCCUGCUGCUCCCGUGGCCCCCCCUACCACCACCACAGCCUCAGCCACAACCACCACCACCACCACAGUGGUGACCCAGCCUGUGAGCUCUGCCCCCCCUGCGGCCGGGGUCACGGCCAUGGCUGCCACGACUGCAGUGUGUGGGACUGUUCAGGCCACGGCGGUGACCACCACGGUCAGCCUGGUCAGGCCCGCGGCCCCCUCUCCCACGCCGGCCGUGGCCACCACCGCACAGACUCAACCCCGUCCCGGACUCACAGCACCUCAGAGGAUUGUUGCCCCCCAGCUCAUCGUCAGACCACCUCAGCAGCAGACAACCAUCCAGCUGCCUCCUGGAUUUACUAUCCCACCCGGGAUGGUGCUGGUACGGACGGAGCUGGGCCAGCUGGUUAUGGUUCCUCAGCAGGCUUUGGCUCAAGCCCAGGCCCAGGCGCAGGCCCAGGCCCAGGCCCAGGCUCAGGCGCAGGCUCAGAGCAGCAUCUCUCCUCGACCUGCUACCCCCACCACAGGAACAUCCUUCAGAGUAACAACUCCACAGCAGUCUCCCGUGACCCCUCAGACCACCAGGCAGUGUCCUCUGACCUCGGCCAAGAUGGCACCGUCUCCCUCUCCCACUCCUUCCAGCCCUGCCCUCCAGACUUCCUCCUCCUCCUCCUCCUCCUCUUCCUCCUCCUCCUGCCCUGCGCUGCGCCCAAAGGGCCCCGUGGCGCCGGCCGUGGCUGUGACGGCUCCGCAGCAGACCCCCGUGGUGAUGGCGCCCCAGGCCCCGGCCCAGGCUCCCUCCCAGCCCGUGCAGCCUCAGCAGACGGGCAUCGCCCCGGCCCCCGGAGCCCCUGUCGUGUCCCAGGAAAUGCAAGAAAAUGUGAAGAAGUGCAAGAACUUCCUGGCCACGCUCAUCAAGCUGGCUUCUCACAAUCCUCCGUCCCCCGAAACCUCCAAAAAUGUCAAGGCGCUCGUUCAGGACCUGCUGGAUGCUAAGAUUGAACCGGAGGAGUUCACCAGCCGGCUGCAGACCGAGCUCAAGUCGUCUCCUCAGCCUUACCUGGUGCCCUUUCUCAAGAAAAGCCUCCCAGCCCUGAGGCUGUCUUUGCUGAAUAGUCAGCAGUCCCUGACCCAGCCCCCACAGCAGGGAGUCAAACCAGCACCCGGCGGCGCCCCUCCUGCCAUCGUGACUGGGCCAGCUGUCCGCAUACGGCACCCCAACAGCGUCAGCACCACUACGGGUGCCAGUGCGCUGCCCGCUGGGACGCUGGGACACACAGCUGCCAUGGGCGUGAAGACAGGAGGCGCCAUCGGCGGCCAGGUCCGGAUGCCUGUGGUGAUCACACAGUCCAUCAGAGCACAGGGCACAAUGGGAAAGGGAGCCGUCAUCCAGGCGGGCAAAACUCCCAUGGGCCUGCCUGUUCAGAUCUCCGGGAAUCAGAAAAACAAGCUUAACGACCCCGGAGGAGGCUCUUUCAGGGACGAUGACGACAUCAACGACGUGGCCUCCAUGGCCGGGGUCAACCUGAACGAGGAGAGCGCGCGGAUACUCGCCACCAACUCGGACCUUGUGGGAACGCAGAUCCGCUCGUGCAAAGACGAGGCCUUUCUUCAUCCGGGGCUGCUCCACCGACGGAUCCUGGAAACAGCGAAGAAGUUUGGCGUGACAGAGGUCCCCAUGGAGGCCGUGACGUUCAUCUCACACGCCACGCAGUCACGGCUUCGGACCGUGGUAGAAAAAGUUUCCACUAUCGCACAGCACCGACUGGACUCCUGUAAGGACGACGAGUGCUACGAGCAGUCGGCAGACGUUCGCUCCCAGCUGCGCUUCUUCGAGCAGCUGGAGAGAAUCGAGAAGCAGAGGAAGGACGAGCAGGAGAGAGAGAUCCUUUUGAAAGCUGCUAAAAGUCGCUCCAGGCAAGAGGACCCAGAGCAAGCUCGACUGAAACAGAAAGCUAAGGAGAUGCAGCAACAGGAGCUGGCCCAGAUGAGGCAGCGAGACGCCAACCUUACAGCACUAGCCGCCAUCGGACCCCGGAAAAAACGGAAAGUGGAUUCACCAGGGGCCACGCCAUCAGGGACCGAGGUGUCCGGCAGCGCGGCGGGCUCCCCGGCCAGCUCCUCCGCCCCGUCCACGUCGUCGCGCCAGUACACCCGGCAGCGCAUCACCCGCGUCAACCUCAGGGACUUAAUUUUCUACAUGGAGCAGGAGAAAGAGACCGCCCACUCCCUCCUCCUUUACCGUGCCCUGCUCAAGUAGCCUCUGCUCUGCUCAGCGCCCUACUCCCUCCUCCUCCUCCUCCUCCUCCUCUUCCUCCCUCUCUUUCCCAGCCACGUGCCUUCAGAUCAGGUCCAAUGGUUUCAGCUCCGUGUCUCCAUAUGUACUGUAGUGAUGUUUGAUGUAGCUUUUAAUAGACAAGAAUGAGAUCAGAGAGAGAAGGAGAAAAAUUACAAAAAUACAACUUGUUCUGUGUCUUCUCCAUUUAGCGUCACGCUGUGUAGUUAGACCGUUGGGUUUAAAGGCCAUAUCUUAUUGUUUGUGUGGAAGUUGGAUCUGUUAGAGGAACGAUGUGUUCGUGUCACUCGACCUGACCCACAAUUUGCUCCAUGUGAAACCGGGGUUGCUAUUUAUUUGACAUUGUUGACGAAAUAUUCAUUGAACCACUUAAACAGUAAGGAUUAUCUUUAGUUAAGAGAACUAUCUUCGCACCUGGAUACAGCCUGCAGUAAUCUCCACAAGCUAUUUGUUGAACGUAGUUCAAUGAAUGUAGUGUAGCUGAACUUAUUAAGCGAGACUUUACACAUUUCUAGCUGUCAUUUCGACACACUCGGAUUCCAGAUAACAGCAUCGUGUUGGAUUUGCUCACCAUACGUGUAAAUAGUUCUUUUGGAAUUAUUUGACAGCAUGUAUAUUUUUUAAUCACAUGUAAGCUUUGUAAGAAGAAGAAUAACCCAUGUGUCGAUAUUAUAAAACCUGAUGUUUUGUAAAACCACGUGUUUUGAAAGAGUCGGAUUUUAGACGGUUUAUUCUGUAGAGUGUUGUAAUACGGCCGACUCCUCCUCACCCCUCCGCAAAGGUCACUGAACAAACCCACAGUCCACCCGGUGUUGUGUGGCCAGUUUCUGAUCAGGCACCACUCUCCAGCGAUUCAGUGUUUCUGUGUUGCAAAUUUUUGUUUUCUUUUUAACAACAAAGAAAUGUGAAAGUUUUAUUGAAAUUGGAGCAGACAGACAUUCCUUCAUCCUUCACUCUCAGUGCUUCUGCACGUGACUGAAGCUUCAGUUCAGAAACAUCAGGAGCUCUUCUGAAGAGGAGCCGCCGCGACAUUCACCUCUUACGAUCUGAUGACGACUGAAAAGACGAAUCCGUGAAGCGUCUUACCGCGUAGCACUUACACCCGGCUUUGUAUUUGGACAUUGCAGCUAUAUUGUGAAGCAGCGCUCCCCAACCUGUUGUGCAGCAGCGGACCGGUUUUAAACAACAUAAUUUAAGGAACGCCUUAACAUGGGCUUAAUGAUGAAUGAAAAAAAAGAAAACUGAUGCAAUUUAAAGCAGUUAAGCAGCACUUUUCAAAAUAAAACAGAAUGCAGAUGAACAGGAAUUGAAAUGUACACUUCUAAAAGAAAACUUUUUGUUCUCUGUUUGCGGCCCAGUAUCUAAUGAUCCGGUCCCGGUCCCGGUCCACGGCCCGGUGGUUGGGGACCGCUGCUUUAAAAUUCUCAUGUGGAUGGAAGCAGUUCCAUUAUUCCAGCCUAAAACGAAUCUCUGUUUCGUUUGAUGUCUCUUUGCAUUAAUGACUGAAAGAGCUAAAAGAACACCUGCUCUUUACCUGUCUUGCUUUUUUUUUUGCCUCUUUAUUUUUAUUUUUCACAAAAUCCUACUUGUGUUAUGUUUUAUUGUCCUUUAUGUUUGUUUUUUUUAUAUAUAUAUAAAACUAAAUAUCUUGGCCUCUAUGCAGCUUUUCUUGUCAUAUUGAACUUUAUUUAAAUAUGAGUGACAUUUGAAAAACAGUUGUUGUGCAUUGUAAAUUUUGACAGCACUUUUUUUUAUAUCUACUUUUACCUGACAACUCAAAGCUGUCGCUGUAUUAUAGUGAAGAAAAAAAAACUCUUCUAAAUAAACGGUAUUGCCAAUUUCUUUUAAACAACACUUAUUUUUAAUGAUUAAUAUAUUUGUUUUCCUUGUCUUUCUUUUUUUUUUUUUUUUCUUGGAAUUGGCUUUUAUGCUCAACACGUUUUGGUAAAUUAGAUACUGCAUUUUAAUAAUAAGCACAACAAUACCUAUCGAGGUCAUUUCAAAUGAUUUUAUUGAUGAUUUCUAUGGUUUUAUGGUGGUUUCACAGGAGGACAUUUCUACAACGACCACUACAGCUUUUUAGCCAAAACCGUAGGACAAAUAUUCCUGAUGUAAACUGAUGGGGGUAAUAACAUUUCAGUGUAAGGAUGAUUUGUAAAUAUUGUUUACAAGACUAUGUGUUUAUUAGAACCACGUUAUUUUUGGUAAACUCUUGUACAUAACUUGAAAAAUUCCUGUUUGUGUGAGAAAAAAAAAAACAACACUUAUGUAUUUGUACCUAUUUUGUAAAGGAAUAAAAAA